AUGACUAAAUCAAAAGGCAAGUCAGCUGCCGUUGACCGUCAUGAUAAAACCGCCCAUGAAUCACCUCUCGAGGCUCGGUCUCGGAAAGAGGCCAGCUUUGCCGACAUUGAAGCCCUCUUACCGAAACGUUUCACAAAAUCAGAAAUGAGUUUGUUCGACAAAGGCACAAGCGUCCUUGGAUCCCAUAAUCCAUUUGGCAAGAAAGCCAAUCCUAAAGACCAUGAAGUCUGGGUUCUCAACAAUACUGCUUAUCGACCCUCGCGUGCGGGCAAUGAGACUCUUCAGCCCUGGGAGGCUGAAUUUGUUGCCGGUUUCUUCCAAACUGGCCGAAAGGACAUUACAAAGACUGUUAGCACAAUCGCUGAUCUGAUCGGUCUAGAUGGUAAGGCGGGAUCAGAUCCAGAAACCAAUAAGCGAAUUGAAGAGCGCCUCAGACCUUUUGUACAAGCCAUUGCACCUGCUCGCUCUGUGGAAAUCUCCAUUCCUUGUGCAAGCCCAUCCAGUACUCCUCACAAACGACUCCUCGGACCGUCCAACCAAAAUGGAAUCAGCAGUCAAAUCCUACCUACCGGAGGCUCCAACGAGAUGGACGGAAAAACAAUCACGUCCUCGAGUGCAGGUGACCUCUUUCCGAACUUGAAAUUCAACACCCGUUUUGCGGGGCCUGAGGGAUGGGGGAUUCUAUCCGAUGUUGACGAUACAAUCAAGAUCACGCAAACAUCUAGUCCUGUUGGAAUUCUGCAGUCCACGUUUGCCGAUGUCCCCAAGACUACAGAAGGCAUGCCAGAGUUCUACAAGGUCUUGGAAGAAUCGUUCGGUUCCCCAGCAUGGUUCUAUUUGUCUGCUUCACCCUACAACCUUUACCCGUUCCUCUCCAAGUUUAUCCCUCAACAUUACCCCGAAGGCACGAUCGUCCUUCGUGAUGCAUCUUGGAUGUACCUAGGGGGGCUUUUGCAGUCUUUCACUGAAGGCGUCAAAGAGUACAAGACAGACCGGAUCUCAAAGAUUCGGUCAUGGCUGCCAGCACGCAAAUUCAUUUGUAUCGGCGACUCUACGCAGUCUGACCCCGAGGCAUAUGCGGAGAUGUAUGAAAAGUAUCCUGACUGGAUCAAGGCUAUCUAUAUCAGGAAGGUGACAGAUAUUCCUCAUAUGGAGACCAAAAACAAAAACGAGAGAUUCAUCGACGCGUUCAGGAACGUGCCUGAUCAUGUUUGGAGGGUCUUUGUAAAGCCUGAGGAACUGGCUGAUCAUGUUAAGCAUCUGGCAGGACAGGCUCACUCUGGUGUGGUUGGCUCAGUGUUGGGUAUGUAG